AAGUCGACUAAAAAGAAAUGAAAAUGCGAAAACUAGUACACUUGUAAGUUGGUUUCGCCACCACUGUUGCACCUCGUCUUAAUUGUAAACUCUGCUCUUGAAAUAACUGCACAUGAUUCUGUUUUUACUUUCGAAGGUCACAGAUAUCCCACCAUUAACAGUGGAGACACUAUCGCUCUGCGCUCGGCCUACACUUCUGGCAGCUACUCGAUGUAUUGGUUUUAUUGUACGUCAUCUUACUGCUACUGGUCAACCUGCCCAGGUACUAUCAUCACCUCCUCAAAAUGGACCUACUGCGCAAAAAACUUCAUGUUUACCAUCACUGCCAAGGGAAAGACGGACGGAGAGCCAAUCAACAGUGGCGAUACUGUUUCACUCAGAUCCAACUACUAUAGUAGCAGUUACCGACUGUAUUGCAGCUCUUCCUCCAGCGGCUAUUGCUGCGCACGAUCAGUCACCAGUUCCAUGACAGGGAGCGCCUGGCUGAGGUAUUCGUACGCCACCUUUGAGAUCUACUCCAAGAACGCUGAUGAUGGGUUCCCUGUGCAAUAUGGUGAUGUGGUGGGCCUCAAAUUUCCGUACAGUUCUAACAGCGCCUGGCUGACUUUUUACAGCAGCAGAUUUUAUCCCCGUAGUUGCAGCAGCAGCAGCAAAACAUCAUGCGCAAAGGAAAAUACAUUCACUGGAUUUAAGAUCUUCAAGAAGUUGUCAUAACUGAAGUUUUGAAGAGCUGAAAUUGAAAAUUCCUCAACCAAAGAUUCAAGCAGAAACUGUAGAGUUGUAGAUUUUUUUGGGUUAUCGCUAAAAGAGUUAAAAGUCUAAACUUAAGCAUUGGGAAAUUCACUUGAAUUGCUGCCAAGGGUUUGCUUUGUUUCCAAUAAAAGAGUUGAGGAAUUGAAA